UAUAUAUCUUCGAAAAGAGCCAACAUUGCACUGUGCUCCAGAUCGCAGCUGUAGGAUCUGCUGGUGUUGAGGCAAAGGCAUUGAGUUCGGGUACCACAGCCGACCUCUCAGCUCUGUGUCUCAGGUCUGGGUCUUGCAGCCGCAGGGCUCUCCCAUCCAAGGUUACACUGACCCAGCCCCCUGAAGAUCUCUGGAGACCAUGGCCAAGAAAAGAAUUGCUGUGAUUGGGGCAGGUGUGAGUGGGCUCACGUCUAUCAAGUGCUGCCUGGAAGAAGGCUUGGAGCCCCUCUGCUUUGAAAGGUCUCAUGACAUCGGAGGGCUGUGGCGGUUCCAGGAAGAACCUGAAGAAGGAAGGGCAAGUAUUUACAAGUCAGUGAUCAUCAACACUUCUAAGGAGAUGAUGUGCUUCAGUGACUAUCCCAUCCCAGAUCAUUAUCCUAACUUCAUGCACAACUCCCAGGUCCUGGAGUAUUUCAGGAUGUAUGCCAAAGAAUUUGACCUUCUAAAGUACAUUCGAUUUAAGACCAUUGUUUGCAGUGUGAAGAAGCAACCUGAUUUCCCCACUUCGGGUCAAUGGGAGGUGGUCACGGAAUCUGAAGGGAAAAAGGAGGUGUAUGUCUUCGAUGGAGUUAUGGUUUGCACUGGCCAUCACACCUAUGCUCACUUACCCUUGGAAAGCUUCCCUGGAAUUGAGAAGUUCAAAGGACAAUACUUCCAUAGUCGAGAUUAUAAGAAUCCAGACAGUUUCACUGGAAAGAGAGUCAUUAUAAUUGGCAUUGGGAAUUCUGGAGGGGACCUGGCAGUGGAAAUUAGCCACAGGGCCAAACAGGUUUUCCUCAGCACCAGAAGAGGGGCUUGGAUCAUCAAUCGUGUAGGAGACUAUGGAUAUCCUUUUGAUAUACUUUUGUCAUCUCGAUUUAAUCAUUUGCUGAAGAAGAUUACUGGUGAAUCAGCAACAAAUAGAUAUUUGGAAAAAAAGAUUAACCAAAGGUUUAAUCAUGAAAUGUUUGGCCUGAAGCCUAAACACAGAGCUCUCAGUCAGCAUCCAACAGUAAAUGAUGACCUGCCAAACCGUAUAAUUUCUGGCUUUGUGAAGGUAAAAACAAAUGUGAAGGAGUUCACAGAGACAGCAGCCAUAUUUGAGGACGGCUCCAGGGAGGAUGACAUUGAUGCUGUUAUCUUUGCUACAGGCUAUAGCUUUGCAUUUCCUUUUCUUGAAGAUUCUGUCCAAGUAGUCAAAAACAAGGUAUCCCUGUAUAAAAAGGUCUUCCCUCCUAACCUUGAAAAGCCAACUCUUGCAAUCAUAGGCUUGAUCCAGCCCUUGGGUGCCAUUAUGCCCAUUUCAGAGCUCCAAGGACGCUGGGCCACUCAAGUAUUUAAAGGGUUAAAGACAUUGCCCCCACAAAGUGAAAUGAUGACAGAAGUAACUAAAGUUCAAGAGGAUAUGGCAAAACAGUUUGUGGAAAGCCAACGCCAUACCAUUCAGGGAGACUAUAUAGGUACCAUGGAUGAACUUGCUGAUCUGGUGGGCGUCAAGCCCAAUCUUCUGUCCCUGGCCUUCACUGACCCCAAACUGGCAUUCCAAUUAUUUUGGGGACCCUGUACUCCAGUCCAGUAUCGUCUACAGGGUCCUGGAAAGUGGGAUGGAGCUCGAAAAGUGAUCCUCACCACACAAGAUCGUAUCAAGAAGCCACUAAUGACAAGAAUACCUGAAACCGAUAAUUCUAACACUUCCACAAUAACAAUGGCCAAGUUUGUGUUGGCUGUUGUUUUCUUUGCCGUGGUUGUGACCUAUCUGUAGCUGUUCCAUUGUCAUGGUCCCAGUUUUCUUUGAAAGCUGAAUCUACAGAUGCCUUUGGAGCCUGACAAGAUUGAACAACAUUCAAUGCCCAAAAAGAGAUAUUUCUUAUUGCCCAGAAGUCUACUUUUCUUUCUCUUUCCAAAGCUUUCAUUCUUUUUCCUCUUUUCCCUACAGUGAGAUCUCAGCAUUUCAUUUCUAUUGACUUACUUCCCUUACUCUUAUGACUCAUUACUUUUUCCUUCCAGUAAUUCCUGGACCAUGAGCUUAGAUACUCUUUUAGUCAUCUUUGUUUCUCCUUAGCAGAAUUCCUGGCAUGUGGCAGGUGCUUAAUAAAUGUGUGCUGUCAUUUAUCAAAUAUUAUGGUGGGGAACAUAAGCCAAUAUCUACAUAAGAAAUGGGUGACUCCAUGUAACUGUGCUUCUGACAGUAUUUUCUACUAGAAGCUGAAUCUUUUGUUGUUUUUAAUAUAUAACUAAAUGUAUUUUUCCUGAAAGAUAAGAGAAAAAAAUUGUCUUAUAACUGUUGUACACACCUAAGAUAAGAUAUAUAGAUACUUAAACAUUUUGUUUCACUAUGUAUUCACUAGUAUAUCUGAUACCUGGUCAUUUUUAUUCUUUUCCGCUAAGUAACACAUCUCUAUUUUUUCAAUGAGAACUACCUUCAACUAUCUAGGCUCAUGGAUCAUUCUAACAAUCUAGCAGCUGCCAACAGGCUCAACCUGACUGGAAAAACUGGGAUUUUAAAUUAGCGGUCCAGUCCUUUUUGAUCUCUCAGCUGUCAUGUUAGGAUACAAGACUUUAUCUUAGGAACUGUGAUAAGUAGCCAUCAACUGCUAUAGUAUGAUGCACAAAUGUGACUGGAUUUCCUCCCCCACCCCCAACUCCCACUGUCUCGCCUCCAUACCCUCCCACACACAGAAAGUCAAGGUAAUGCAAAGAGGUCAGUUAUGUAAUAAAUUAAAAUUGAUGAUAACUAAAUAUAGGGGGUGUUCUACUUUUAACAGUUAUGUCAGUAAUUGCAAGUUGUGAAAAACAAAGCAAAUGAAAUGAAAACCAGGGACUCCAGUUUAUGUCCAAGAGCUGCUAUUGAUUCUGUUUUCUCAUCUGUAGAAGUGUUGCUCUGUUUUUGUGCCUUAGAGAAGUUAGCUAAGUGUUAAUUGUUGGGCACACUGAAUUUCAUGAAGAAAGGUACUGGAUGUACCAAUCAGAUGUGUUCAUAAAGAUGCUGUUGUAUAAUACAUUUUGGGAUUACUGUCUAUUACUUAACAAAAGAAUAAGUUUGAACAACUGAAGAAACAACACUAGAAAUUAUUUUCUUUCCCAAUAUAAAUAAGAGAACCAGAAAUGUGAGAACUACAACUUCUUCUUAAUCAUAUAACUAUUAAUAUUUGUACAAUUCCCUGCUAUUUUGCCUGUGGAAAAACUUUUUGAGAAUGAUAAGGUCUUUUGCCUUCCAUAAUUCUUGUGAUACUUGGGAUUUAUCCUCUAUUAAAAUGGACCUAGUAUCUUUUUUUUUAAUUGGAGUACUUGCUUUACAAUGUUUUGUUAGUUUCUACUAUACGGCAAAGUGAAUCAGCUAUAUGUAUACAUAUAUCCCCUCUGUUUUUGGAUUUUCUUCCCCAUUUCCUCACCACAGAGCACUGAAUAGAAUUCCUUUUGCUAUACAGUAACUUCUCUAAAAUGGACCUAACGUUUUCUAAUCUGCAGACUAUUCUAGUGCAAGAGUAAAUGAAAAGCCACUUCUUUUUCAUUUCCUUCUUUUAACAUAUACAUUUUCCUCUUUUAGCAUGUAAGUUUGUUGAAUUAAUAGUCCUUUGACAGCAUAAUUCCUAGUUAUCAGUAAUAAAUACUCCACUUUUCUCUUUAAAUAAAAAGCAUGUAAUUCUAA